CGGGGCGGUACCGGGGCGGUGUCUGCGCUCGCUGGUUGGAAAGGCCGCUGGGCUUGUCCGGCCCUUCCGGGUCCUCUGCCAGGCUCCGCUCCCCACCCCGCCGCAGGUAAGAAAGGAACAUGGGAGUUCAAGGCCUGUGGAAGCUGAUUGAAUGCACCGGGAGAACCAUAAACCCAGAAACGCUAGAAGGGAAAAUUCUUGCUGUGGAUAUCAGUAUUUGGUUGAACCAAGCAAUAAAGGGAGCCAGAGAUCGUGGUGGUAUUUCUGUACGGAAUGCUCACCUCCUCACUCUGUUCCAUCGACUCUGCAAGUUACUGUUUUUCCGAAUUCGACCUGUCUUUGUUUUUGAUGGAGAGGCACCUCUUCUGAAGAGACAAACCUUGGCUAAGCGAAGACAAAGAAAGGAAGUUGCCAUCAGUGAUUCCAGGGAAACUACAGAGAAACUCUUGAAAACGCUUUUGAAGAGACACAUUAUCAAAACUGCUCUUGAGGGAAAAAGCGAUGAAGUUUUGCCCAGUAUUACACAAGUUCGAAGAGGAGAAAUUGAUGAUAUGUAUGUAUUGCCUGCUUUAGAAGAUGAAGAGAAGAAUAGCUCGGAGGAGGAGGAAGAAAAAGAAUGGCAAAUGAGAGUGAGCCAAAAAAAGAUGUUGCAAGAACAGUUAUGUGAAAAUCCUUAUUCUGUAGAUAUUGAAUCAGAAGAUUUCAACAAGCUGCCUCCAGAAGUAAAACAUGAGAUCUUGACUGAUAUUAAAGAACUUACAAAGCGAAGAAGAACGUUAUUUGAAGCAAUGCCAGAGGACUCCAAUGAGUUUUCCCAGUACCAGCUUAGGGGCUUGCUUAAAAAAAGCAACCUCAAUCGGUGCAUAGAGAAUGUGCAAAAAGAAAUGAAUCAACAGCACUCGGGUGAAAUCCAAACACAAUAUGAAAAUGAAGGUGGUUUUGUGAAAGAAGUGGAAUCAAGGAGGGUGGUCUCUGAAGAGACUUCUCACUAUAUUCUGAUAAAGGGUAUUCAAGCAAAAGAAGCUAUAAAUAGAGACUUGGAAACUACUGCAGGACCCUCAUCAAAAAUGCUUGAAUUGACUAAAUUGAGUAAAAUCAACGAAUCUCCUGCUAAUGCAAAGCUAGUUGCAUCUGACAAGAUGCGGACAGAGAAAGAUAAUAAUGUGGCGACAGCACCACCCUCUCCUCGGACUUUGCUUGCUAUCCAGGCAGCUAUGGUAGAAAGCAGCUCAGAAGAAGAACUGGAUACAGGACAACUGAAUGUAGACCAAUUUGUAACAGAGGAAGGCAGUGUGUCUCCAAGAACACUACGGGCAAUUCAGCAAGCUCUGAGUGAUGAGGAUAAAAGGGAGGAAGUUGUUACUAUUAGAACUGAUGGAGUGCUACCAGAAAGAUCAGAAGUGAAAGAUUUUCUGCUUAGUAGCUCAGAUGAGGAGGAGCAGAUUCCUGAAGUUAAGGAGGGAAAAAACAUACCUACAGCUACAGUUUGUUCAUCAAUCCAAGUGACUAUGCAUGGUGCUGAAUUUGAACAGAAGAGUCAGAAUUUGGAAGAAAAUCAUAUUACACCCAAGGACACUGGUAUAUCCACAGCUGAAAAUUACUCUUCUACUGACAAUACUGAAAAAGGCAAAGAAGAUGUAAGCAAAGAAGAAAAUGGUUCAAAAAAUUAUAUUGCACUCAAGGAUACCAGUAUAUCCAGAGCUGAAAAUUAUUCAUUUAUUGACAAUACUAGAAAAGACACAGAAGAUUUAGACAAAGAAGAAAAUGGUUCCAAAAUGGACUUAAAGUCUUUGGAAGAUAAGGAUAUGAAUUUGUGUGUGCAGAAGCCAAGUUGUUCCUCUGUACAAACUAGUAUAGGGGCUGUGAUUCAUGCUGCAACAACAGACCUUUCUAAAAAUGAGAAAAACUUGAAAAUUUCUGAAAAUAUAGAGGAAGUAAUUUCGCAAACAGAAGAGAAUGUGUCUGAGGUACAGAAGCAUAUUAGAGUUUUUCCAGAAGAAAGACAUCCUGAGGAGGAAAGAGAAGGGAUUUCACAGUCUGAAGACAGUGAUUCUGAUGCGAGCUUUAUUGAAGUGGAUACUGAAAUCAGUAAUGAGGCUGAGUUUCCUACUAAAUAUGAUGAAAAACUGGGUGAUGAAACAGCACUUUCAGAAGUAGAGACAGGCAGACCUGAUGUUGUCACACAGGAGCUGCUGAAGGAGUCUGAUGAAGUGCAGUUGGGAAAUGCUCAGAAUGUUGAAAGACAAGCUGAUGAUAAAGAUGCAGUGGAUGAGUGGCAAGACAUCAGUUUGGAAGAACUAGAAGAAUUAGAAAGAGACCUUUCUACUGAGCAGAAUAUGCUUCAGUCUCAAAAACAGCAGCAGGAGCGUGUUGCUGCUUCUGUAACAGGACAGAUGUUCUUGGAAAGCCAGGAGCUUCUGCGUCUGUUCGGCAUUCCAUAUAUUGAAGCUCCGAUGGAAGCAGAGGCACAGUGUGCUAUAUUGGACCUUACUGAUCAGACCUCCGGGACAAUCACCGAUGACAGUGAUGUUUGGUUAUUUGGCGCACGACAUGUUUAUAAAAAUUUCUUCAGCCAGAACAAAUAUGUAGAAUAUUAUCAGUAUAUUGAUUUGCAAAACGAGCUAGGGUUGGAUAGAAGCAAGCUAAUUAAUUUGGCAUACUUGCUUGGAAGUGACUACACUGAGGGCAUCCCAAAUGUUGGCUUCGUAACAGCGAUGGAGAUUUUAAAUGAAUUUCCUGGGCAUGGCUUAGAACCACUCUUAAAAUUUGCUGAGUGGUGGAAUGAGGCUCAGAAGAAUAAGAAAUUGAGACCUAAUCCACAUGAUACCAAGGUCAAGAAGAAACUGCGGGAGCUGCAGCUUUCUUCAGGUUUCCCAAAUCCAGCAGUGGCAGAAGCAUACCUGAAGCCUGUGGUGGAUGAGACAAGGAGUUCGUUCACCUGGGGAAAGCCUGACUUAGAGCAGAUCAGAGAAUUCUGUAAGGAUCACUUUGGCUGGAGUACAGCAAAGAUAGAUGGAAUCCUUUUGCCUGUGAUGAAACAGCUGAAUGUGCAGCAGACUCAGCUUCGAAUUGAUUCAUUCUUCAGACUAGAGCAACAUGAAAAACUAGCUAUUAAAAGUCAGAGACUGCGCAGAGCUGUGACUUGCCUGAAGAGAAAGGAAAAAGAAGCAGACAAUGAAAUUCAGGAGACCACUGCUGUUACAGAGAUGGAACUUGAACAGCAUGAGAAAACAAAAGGGGAAGGUACCACAGGCUGCACAAAUCUAGCUGUGGCAACAAAAGCCCAGAGGGGAAAGAGAAGAAAACACUCAGAUUCCAGAAAAGAAUGUUUAUAUGGAGGUGGUUUUAUUGGAAAUUUGCAUCUUUCAGAACCUUCUAGUGACUCCUCAGAGGAAUCAGAAAAUAGAGAUUUAGGCAAGAGCAAAAGGAGGAAAAACACCUCUACGGUAGAGACUGCAGACCAUAAAGAGAAAAAGGGAUGCAGUAGCUCAAGUGAUGAGGAUGAAGACCUGGGAAAUGUAGUCAUGGUGACUGCCAAACCUGUGUUUGAGGGCAGAAAAAACAAAUCACGGGGCAAGAGAGGAAUAAGAAAGAAAAAGCCUUAAAGAAAAAAAGUAAUAAAAAGGGCAGACUCUGUGGGGUUUAUGAUUUAAACUUUGUAAAUAUUCUAAUGAAUUUUUGAUAAAAUAUAAUAAAUUAUCUCUAUUUAUUAUGUA